AUGUCGGCAAACACGGUCGCCGCGAAAAGGACGUGGUUGGUCGACUGGAACAGCCCGCCUUUAUCUUGGUGUGUCAACUCUAUCGGGCGUCAGAACAAGGCUGUGACGACGACACUCUGUUUUCACGAGCACGCCACAAGACAUGACGGCAUUGCUAGUCCAAGUAGGAUCGCCAACACGAGCACGAGCACUAAGGCACCGCCGCAAGCCCAGACUGCUGGAUGGGUUAGCAAGCAAAAGUCAAACCUUGCCCACGUUAAAGAGCAAGGUUUGGCGUCAUCACUGCAUCGAGUUUGUGCCUUGCGACACGCAGCAGCACGGCUCGAGGUGGCUAUGGAGGCGAUUCUCGCUUUGCUUCCCUUUCGGUCGGGUCGGUUUAGUCGAGCUCGAGCGCUCCAUGCUAGUGGUACAUGCCUGGCGUGUACCGUCGCGCUUGUCUGUCCACAUCCGUGGCCGUACGGAUUUUCUGGCGGUACCAUGUUUUCUGACCGAUCCCGAGUCUGUGACGCCAUGUAUCAUGACCAAGGUCUGCUUGUUGGACGCCGAAGCAGCCCACUCGUUGCCGAGCUUGGCUGCAUGCCACCGGCUCUUUCUAGACCGGACACGUUCGGUUGCUUUACCGAUCGACGAGAUGAAAGAGCCGACGCAAAUGGCACGUUAAGAGAUGCAUCGAGAUUGGUGCAAUGCAACGCGCUCUGCUUCGUCGUUGGUCCGCUCGUAUCAUAUGCAGACGUGCAAGUGACAACAACAAGGUUUGGUGGUCUAUUUCCAGUUGGCUACAUACAAUGUGUGGUCAACGCGGACACAGAUGCCGCGACAGUGCUACCCUAA